AUGGCGACCAGGCCGCCCACCGGGGUCGUGUUGAUGAACAUGGGGGGGCCGUCAACGCAAGAAGAAGUUCAUCCCUUUCUUCUUCGUCUCUUCACAGACAGGCAGAUCAUGCAGCUUCCAAUGCAGAAGAUGCUGGGUUCAUGGAUAGCGAGAAGGAGAUCUCCCAAGAUCAUGAAGCAAUAUGCAGAAAUCGGUGGAGGCUCCCCAAUCGGAAAGUGGACAGAGAUACAGGGAAAGAAACUUGAGAGACAUCUGGACGAGAUGUGUCCUGAGACUGCUCCGCACAAGACAUACAUAGCGUUCAGGUAUGCUUCUCCCCUCACGGAGGAUGCGAUCACUCGAAUGAAGAACGAUGGUGUCAAAAGGGCUGUAGCCUUCUCGCAAUUUCCACAGUGGAGCUGUACAACUACCGGAUCGUCACUGAACGAGCUCUGGAGAUGUUUGAGGGAGUCAGGCAUGCAAAAUGAAUUCCAGUGGUCUAUCAUCGACCGAUGGCAUUCCCACCCUUCAUACAUCGAGGCGCUGGCGGGGAGGAUCUUAGCGGGACUGAAUCAGUUCCCGGUGGAAGACCAAAAGAAGGUCGUCUUCCUGUUCUCCGCACACUCGCUGCCGAUGAAACGCGUCAACGCGGGAGACCCAUACCCUCAAGAGGUCGCUUCCACGGUCGGAAGAGUGAUGGAGCAUCUGAGCGAGAAGGGGCUGACCAACCCCUACAUCCUCUGCUGGCAAUCGAAAGUUGGACCCCUUCCUUGGUUGGGGCCGAAGACGCAAGACGCUAUCAAAGAUUUCAAGAAACAGGGGAUGACUCAUUUCAUGGCGAUUCCAGUUGCUUUCACGACUGACCACAUUGAGACAUUAUAUGAAAUCGAUAUGGAGUUCGGUGAGGAAGCUGCAAAGGCAUUGUUCAAACGAUCUCCGUCGUUCAACGACGAUGACAUGUUUGUCAAAGCUCUGGCAGACAUCGCCAAGUCCCAUCUUGAGAGGAACGAGCUUUGCACAAAGCAGUAUUCAAUGAAUUGCCCUGGGUGUGUGAAUCCUAGUGAGUGCAGGUCGAUUUUGAAUCCGAUCAAGCCGUAUUCGAGAUUCAAGGAAUGUUGA